CCCGGUUGCCGUAGUGUUGUUGCUGGAACAGGAAACAGAAUUAGCACAUUGUUAGCUGUGCUGCUACUUCUGAAAAGAGCAAUGGCAGAAUACUCUCGUGUGAAAUCGACCAAAUUAGUUUUAAAGGGUCUCAAAACGGGGUAGGUGUGUUCUUUUACUCGGUGCCACUAACUUGAGCAAUUUGUCUCGUUAUUUCCCGCUAAUUCAUUGACAUUUUAUGCUAUACUAACGCUAGUUCAGACUCAGACGUAACUAUUCGUAAACAAACCGCUUUGCUGUCUUUCUUCUAAGUAAACUCAAAAAUCACGAUCACCGUGCGAUUAAAAAAACUGCAUUAUAACUGAACUGAAACAUACGAAGUGCCUGAUUAAUAAGAAAUAAUAACAACAAGGAAACACAUAAGGUCAUAUUAUCACAGACAUUGAUGCACAUAUUAUCAGUCAACCUAAAAGAAAAAACACCAUCCACUGUUUUGUAACAGAUGUCUUGUUUUUUUGCAGGAAGAAAAGGAAGCACAAAGACAAGAAGGGAAAAGCUUCAGAUGACGAGCAAAAACUUGAUAUUGUUGGUAUGUGUGUUUCGUUUAGUUCAUAUUGUUGCAGUGGAUAAUCAUUCAUGAGUAAGACAAGUUACGUUCUCCUAAAGCAGAGACUUUAUAUUGUUUCGUAUGAUAAAAUUGUCAGGAUAGAUGUGAUGAAUGUUUGGUUGAUAGCUAUUGUUUUUUCACCAAGUGAUACUGAAAAUUAAAGAGUAGGUCAGCUGAUGGUCGAAAUAGCUGUUUUAACGUUGUUGUUGAUUUGCUAUUUUUUUACAAUCCAGUUAUACUUCAAGGGAUAUUCGGGCGUAAAAUUAAUUUAGGGUCAAACUCACAGUAACACUGAGUUGCAGUAAAACAACUCACCCACUCUCUUCCAGCAGCCGCUUGUUUGCAGCGAGACCUCAGGCCAGUCUAUUACAGACUACAGCGGGGUGACACAGCUCAAGGAAGAACAUUUAUGAUCAUUUCUUUAUCAUUUCCUUGAAGUAAUAAUCACCAUAUUAAUCAUGUUGCACUGCAGACACGGUAGUUCUUCUGUCUUAGUGUUCAGUCUGAUUGCAUUUCCACGAAGAAAUGAUCAUAAAUGUUCUUCCUUGAGCUGCAUCAACCCCAGGUCUCGCUACAAACAAGCGGCUGUUGGAAGAGAGAGGGUGAGUUGUGUUAAGUCUCUUUGCUAAAGAAACCAGGCAAAGUUAAAAAGAUGUUUGAUGGCUAGUACUAUAGCUGGGACCCUAUAUGUACUGUUGAUGAAGUUAGGUGCUGUUCUGAGCUUUAUUUGUGGCUAUAGAGUGGCGUUUUGGUUGAGGUUUGUGUGUGGCUCCUCAGACCGCUGUGCAUUGCUAUCCUGCAGUCGUUACUCAAGUUGGUAUAACUUGAGAAGCAAGCGGUCGGCAACAUCCAUCUCUCUCGACAGGGUGUCAAACUCAUUGUUACGGUGUGUUUAACCCUAAAUUAAUUUUACGCAGGAAUAUCCCUUUAAAUAUUAGAAAUAAAUUGGUAAGCUUGAAUAACCACUUUAUUGAAUUAAUGUCCUGCUCAAUUUAAAUUGCCUUAGGACUUAGACUUUUAUUCAGCUUCCUGUAAUUGAGGAAAUUAAAAAGUUCUCAGUAUACCUGAGCUACAAAAAAAAAAAAGGAAGACAAAGUCAUGAGUGAUUCCCUUAUACUGAGCAUAUUUGCGCAGCAAUUUUGAACUAGCCGGUAACUGUUUUGAUAUGCCAUCAAGUGGAAAAGGAAAAGCCUGUUAUCGCUCUGUAUUAUUUAAAACCACAACAAACUUACGUAAGCGCUGCUAUUUGGACUUUUGAGUAUAGAAUAUAAAAAAUAUCAAAAGUUUUGACACAGAGGCAGAACCCCAGAAAUUGUCAUCUAAGUGUAAAACCGUACCUUAAUGGCACUGUGGCCGUCAAACUCACAACUGUGCGGUCUGUUAUUACACCUUUUGAUAUGAGUCCGUCUACUCACCAGCUGGCUGGUGGACCAUCAGCAGCUUUGGGGAAAUCAGUGGAACGGUUGCCAUAGAGAUGCAGAACAACUCGUACAUCCAUGCCCUGGAUAGUGGCCUCUUCACGCUUGGAGCACCACACAAAGGUAAGAAGACAUGUCAGGGGGACUUCAAAAUUUGACUGAGUAAUUUCAGAGGAGUCGAGUCAUCCUGGCAGCUUCUUUUACUUUCACUCAAUUUGGUCACUGUUGCUCACAGCAGCAGAGAAUGUAGAGUCGAGGAUAUCUAACUUACAGUACUAGGGUUUUCCAACCAAAAAAGGGUAUUAUUUCUGUACAUGAAUUAACAGCUCGUAAUUAUGUUUACACCAAAGAUUUUUAGUUUCUUCAGGUUCUGGUUUUCUUUUAUAUUGUCUUCAGACUUUUUUUUUUUUCCACUGUUGUGUUUGAAAUAAUUUUCCAGGAACUAUAAGAGAAGGCUAAGGCUUGUCUGUGUCAUAUUUUUGAACAUGAACAUGAUUAUUGUUGUGGUACUUAUAUCAUAUUUUGAUAAAUACUGAUAUCACGGCUAACUUUUUCAAUCAGAAAUUGAUUUUUAUCAUCAAGCCUCACCCACAAUGAUAUAUAAUAACAGGAGGAAAAAAGUGUAGCAGUGUCAUAAUGCAAAACCAACACCAUGUAAGUUAUACUUUAUUCUGCACCUCAUUAUAUCUGGAUUUUAAAUGGGGAUCCAAAUUUUUCAUCUAUCCACUCAUUUCACAGUUGAGGACACCCAAAGAAGUUAAAGCUUAGUUUGAGGUUGCCUUUACUGUCGACUUCAGGCAUUGCGAGGAUGUGGAUGAAGGGGGUGUUUGCCUUCAGUCCACAGAGCAGUAAGCAUUUGAAAUUGUGAAUCCAGACACUAGACUGAAAAGGAUGAACAGAGGUUGAGUUGAGGGUAAGGACAGAGCUAACUCCUGAAUUCUCCCUCACUUCUGCCUUCAGGCACUUCUAAGCGAGUGGUGCUCAUAGAAACAGUCUGCCCGGAAGGAAACACUACCAACAGUUAAUUCAGCCCACGUUUUCUGAGAACCAGCGGAAACAGCUCGGAGAUUGAAACAUCCCAAUUCCCUUUGUGGGUUUUCAUCCUCUGCAUGCACAUAAGCUCAUUUCUGGGAGAUGAAAGAGGACGUUAGCAAGCAGUUUAGAAAUAGAGAUUACAGAUUUACUCCUCUUUACUGGAUUUUCUGCCCCAGCACCACUCAGCGGAUGAUACAGCGUUUAAGAAAGCUGCAGGAAAUAUUCACAUUCACCUGCAGGUCAAAGGAAACAUACUGCUGUCACUGACUGACAUUCUCCAAAGAUUCCACCUUUUGAAAAAGCAGCUUGUGACACUUUUUAGCUCCAUUAAUAAUUCUUCCACAGUGUCUCACAGGCUCUGCUUCCCCUUGACCUGAACGCUGCAUGACGCACGGCAAACUGUGCAAAACUUUGAUUUAUUGUGAAUGUUUUGAAAGUGACCUGAUCACGGGCAGAUCAGUUUUACGAAAUUAUGAGGAACUCAGGCAACAUCUGUAUAAAAUGCAGCAUUAAAAUGCAACACAAUAGUUCCCAUCAUAUCUUAUUCCAAUUAUUCCAAACAUAAAAAGUGUCUCAGUGCUGCUAAACUGGACCCACAUUAGCACAGAGCUACUAAGCCGGAGGCUUUGAAUUAUUAAUUACAAGGAUCCAUAAGUAAAACAUGAAGCAGAUCUCAGGGAUAAACUCAUGAGAGGAAACUAUGCUGAUUUUAAUAAUGGCAUACGACUCUUACAGUGUAAUUUAUUAAAAACGACAUGACUGAGUCUGUGUGGCACAAGCUUUCUCUGUCAAAAGCCAAAAAAAUAAAAAUGUACAAACAACAACAUACAAAUCUGUUAAAAAAAAAAAUCCAAGAUGCUGUAGCAAGAGCUUUUCUUCUCCAGGAGGUAAUCAGUGUUUCAUAUGUUCCAGCUGAUGAAGGACCCGACCCCCCAGAACAGUUUACUGCCGUCAAACUGUCUAACACAAGGUGAGAAAACAAAACUAAACUGCACUUUGUAUUUGUUCCAGACAGAUUAUCACUUGAAUGCAUCAAAACUCUCCAAAUGUCUCUUCAGCUCAGUACUGAUUGUUAUUAAACCCUUCCUGUUAUAAUAAAGACUGUAUGUUCCAACAAACUCCAGAAAUAACAAAUGUAAACUUUCAUGUUUGAUAAACCGUGCCUCUGCACCGUCGCUGAAGACUGAUGUGAGUGUCUUUUGCUGCUGCAGGAUAGCCUUGAAGUCUGGGUACGGCAAGUACCUGGGUGUCAACUCUGAGGGUGUGGUGGUGGGACGCUCUGAUGCCAUUGGUGCCAGGGAACAGUGGGAAGUAGUCUUUGAGGAUGUAAGUGGAUUUCAUCUUAACUUAUUUUGACCUUGGUCCGUACGUAGAUUUAACCCCAGGUGAAUUUGCAUAAAGAAGAGAAAGAGGGACAUUUUUGACAAAUAAAGCUGAACAUUUAACUUAUUAAUGACUUAGUAGAUCAAUGUAAAGUUAAUUUACUACUAUCAUAUUACAAUAACAAUUUCCUAGGUAAAAUAAUCCCCAAAUUUUACCCAUUCCAGCUUCUGAAAUGCGGCUAUUUAAUGCCUGCAUUUGUUGAAUUGUAAAUAUUUAAAAAGCUAAAUCAGGGGUAGUUAGUUGAAAGGCUGAUUCACAAUCAGAUUGACCGGCUUGGUGCUGCAGUAAACCUGUGCAAACAAGCCAGAAAGAAAUCAUCUCAUCCAUAAAGCAUGUGCAUAGGGUUAAAUGCACCACAGACUCUGUGCUGCAGAGCAAUUAGCCUCCCUGUGUGCCGGUGCUGUUAGGAUGCAUUUAAAUGAGCUGUUAUACAUUAAUUCAGAGAAAAAAAUGUGCCUUUUUCUGUGCAUAUGAGCCUCGCUGCAAAAACCACCUUAUUCUCAAAUUCUGUUGCUAAAAGCCAAGUGCAGUUAGAGUAAAAUAUUUACUGUCUGCUGAAAGCUGGUGGUAUUUCAUGCUUACAUUUUUCAAGAUUAUUUUUGAGGGCUUUUAAAGUGGUUACUUAGAUAGGCCAGUAGAUACAAGACAUUUUGUUGCUGGAGGCUGAAGAACAACAGUUUUUUGACUCUGGCCAAGCUAGAGGAACCCAUUUGAAACUGCUAACUUAAAUGGACAUUCAUCACUUUUCAUUCAUUUUAUCAGACAAUAAAAAUCUGAAAAUUAAAGGUUAAGUAGGAGGAUUUUCAGAUGAAAGAUCAAGGAGUUAAGGCAGUAUCACUGUGAAAUACUGGAUUAAAGGUCAUCUUGAUAUGAUGAUAAAUGUACUUAUCAAAAUCUUUUUAUUUCCACUUACAUUCACACGAACAGUAAAAAUAGUGAAAGUGAUUCCACUUUUUUAUUUUUGCAUUGGUGUCACAUCAUGAUAAAAUAGGCUCUCAUAUUUACCCACCAUCCGCUGCCUUUCACGGCUCGCCUCAUGGCUGAUUGGAGUUCAGCCCCUCAGAGAUAACGCUCGGCUUUGGUCCUGAACUACUAAUUCAUUAUGCAGAAUGCAUCUACCUUAUCACUUUAGCACACUUCUCGCCUUGAUGCUUUGUUGAACCUUUAAACAACCUGCCCAGCACAACCUUGAGACUCUUUAACAUCAAAUAUCGGGCAACCUUUCAUGCCUGUCACAACAACCAAUCCCACUGCAAUUCUAUCUAAUCUACUGCCUCCUCUGCUGUGUCUCUUUCUGUUCCGCCUCAGGGCAAAAUGGCUCUCCUGGCAGCAAAUAGCUGUUUCAUCUCCUACAGUGACAGUGGGGACAUCGCGGCCAAGAGCAAGACAGCAGGGGAUGGCGAGAUGGUGAAGGUGAUGUGUAAAUUGUGUUCUUGCGCAAGGUUGCGUGUUAAUCCUUUUAUUUUUAUGCAGGCGAUCUCUGUGGGGACCUGAGACGGAAGGGGAAAAUAUGUGUGACCUCACUUCAGGGGGUUCAACUUAUUGAUAUUUAAUGCAAAACUCCUCUCCCUAACUAUAUUUUCAUCCCUCAAUGGUGAACAGAUCAGGUCGAAUGCAGAACGAGAGGUCAAGCGUAAAGACGACAUCGCAGAAGAAGACAGGGGCAACGUGAAGUCCUGCGAGGUCAAUUAUGUGUAUGUAACCUCCACUAUAUAUAUAACUUAAGUGCUGACUUAGCAAACUAUUGUUAGCUUUUCUGCAUCCGACUCACACAUCCUUUAACUUUUAAACGCCAUUGAGUGCAGUGGACAUUUUUGUUUCGCUUUAAUGUGUGAUUGAAUGAAUGAAUACAAAGUAAGCUUGUUUACAUAUAUGUUAGACUGCAGUAUGUGUGAAACCAAAAUAGGGUAUGCCGAAUGAUGACAGGAAAACAUAAGAAAUAUGAGUUGAAAACAAAGUUUAAAAGUUGUUCAGCCAUUAGCCCCCUGUUGUUUUUGUGUUCUUAGCUAGUACCAGAGACGAUAACACACUACUUGCUAGUUUGCACGACAGCAACUUGACAGCUUUUCUUCGGAUUGAAUAGGCGCAAUGGAUUUCACCACUCAAAACUCGGCAAAGCUGCUAAUAGACACAAUGAAAAGUACAUUUUACUGUUAAUGUAAGGAGCAGUCACCUGGGGUCUCAAGUUUGGGGUUACUGAAGGUCCUCUGAGCGUCUUAGUUGUAAUUCCAGCAUGCUAGAUGAUGCUCCCAAACUGCAUCUCAGAAAUUCAGACUUCCCAGAUCAAAUGAAAUGCACCGUGCCUGUUUUUUCUUUUUCUGUCAGAUAACUGAAGAACUAUUGAGGAAGUCUUAAAGUCCCACUCCCAUUGUUUUUUUUCUUACUACUUAAAAUGUUCUCAGUGGUCUUUAAACUGUGAUUAGGAAGUUUUUAGCCAAAAUCAUGUUACUUGUGUCGUUUUCAAGGGCUUUUCUUCUGCAGAGCUCCAGUAGCUCAUUAGCAAUUCGCCUCUGACUUGUGGGCGGAGACAGCGCUGCUCUACACACUCCUCCUCGAGUUAGCUUGCAGCCUAACAUUGCCGGUGUAGUAGAAGAAACAGGGAACAUUUUAGCUAUUCAACUCUCGGACACUAAUGUCUUUAGGGGCAUGAUGAAAGUUAAUAUCAUAAUUAGCUUUCUUAGGAGCAUUUCAAUUUGCUAACGCACACGCUUGUUCCACGAUCCCCCUCUCUAUUCUCUGAGCCUGGCCUGCACAGCGGGGCUCCGGGGGCGUGGCUUGGAUUGGUUAAGUAGGAAAUCUCACUGUGUCUGAUCCUGCUGUCUGGGUCUGCCAGAGAUUCGCAACGAUUUGAAUGAAGAAAUGCUCAGAAAUGCAAUUUUGCACUUCUUUUCCUCAUGAUAUUUCCUCUAGUAUCAGAAAAAUGCCAUAUAAACAUGUAAAAAAGAAAAACAUGAUUUUCAUCGGAGUGGGACUUGAAACAAAGCAGGAGAGGGAAAAAAAAAAUCCUUCUUUGUUUGCUCUAGUCGCAACCACCAGACACUUUCAAGAGCUCCCCAGCAUAAUAAAGGGUGACAACCAUUGCAACACAGUAAAAUGCUCUUCCACACUACUCCACAGCCUCACAAAUAACCUGAGUGUUAUCUGACAGGGUCAAUACCAAUUAAAAGUUUUACACACAAACACACUGUUGUCUCUUUUUGAACCUGGACUGUUUUCAAAAGGUCCAGAUAGACAACAACAUAUAUGAAUACAUAUACAAACAUAUACAUUAUUUACAUACUGAAAGAUUAAAGCUGCUGUGAGGAACCUCUGGUCUGUGUUGACUUUGGCACCCCCUGUUGACAAAAUAAAACCUCUUUUCUCUUGUCCUUGCAGUGAAAUUUUCAGCCUUCUUGCAGAUGGUCUUGUUUACUUUCUUAAAGACGCAUCAGUAUCAGUUUCAGUCUGUUUCUGAAACAGUUAAAAACUCCUCAGUGUCUUUAGGUCUUUUGUUGAUUUGUCCGCCCCUGUUUAAGUGUUCGAUAAUUAGAUAUGAGCGUUGAUUUGCAGACAAAGUAUUUCUUUAAGCACUAUUUUUCUUUACUCUGCUCUGAAAUUUGCAUCUGUGCUCGAAUUUGUGUUCCGCAACAGCUUGACAUUGUGCUGUUCAUCUGUCAACCACCUUUAAAAUUGGUGCCAAAGCACUUUGUUCUGAUUGAAGAGGAAAACGAUGUGAUUUUCUUCCCAUUAUCCCCCCCUCUGUGUCAGUCCGCCAUGACAAGAAGUUGACAAGAAAAUCACAUCUCUGGAUGUAGGAUCACGCUUUAAAGUUAUCCCUCAUCUGUCCUGCCCCUUAAAGAUGCAGCUGAGGGUCUGCUGGUAGAGGAAGGGGGGUUGAGAAAACAGGCAUCACCACAUUUUAGCGUCCAAUACUCUGAUUGUUUUAUAUAUGGCCCAUCUGUGGCCUAUUAAGACUCAGGCAAUACAUCCAGAGCUGUUGUUUGCUUGGCAUGCUUUGGCUUGGCUUGUUUUCCCACUCUAUUAUUUGUUUUAGAUGAACGCAGAGGAAACAGACUCAUCAUGUUGACAUGUUGAUAAUGGCUGCCCUUGAGCCCGUGUCUUGAUGUAGUGUUAAGUGUCUAAAAGGCCUUUCAAGAUGGAGUGCAGCAGGGUAAUCAUAAAACACAAACAGAGGAAAGAGGAAGUUAGUAUCAGGUUCCUUUUCUGACAAGAUGGAGUGUUUGUUUAGAGCGCUCUCAGGGUGAAAUCUAAAUAUAAUGAAAUGAUCAUUUAAAAUAAUAAUCUAAAUAUCUUAAAGGCAAGUUUGGUGAUGUUAUUUAACAGUGUGUCUGUGUGUGUAUCAAGUGGUGGGUCAUUCCUUUUUUUAUACUACGUUUCUAUUAAUAGUACCUUGUGUUGUGUGUUACAGUAAAAAGUUUCAGAGUUUUCAAGAUCGGCGGCUCAGGGUGAAUGAGGAAGACUCCUCCUCGCUAAAGAAAGCCAGAACGGAUGGGAAGUUCCACGAAGCUUUGCUUGACAGGUCUGAAAAUAAGCUCAUCAAAUAUUUUCUCUCAAACCCUUCAUUUGUAUUUCUGGUGUCAUCAAUCCUCCUUAAGUUCAUACUUUGUGGUAUAAACAAAAUAUAUAUGCAGAGAUAUUAAAAACAGCUCAGUUUUUGCUGCACAUGGAAAAUAUUACAGUUUAGCGCUUUCAGUUAAAUACACUGCCAAUAAACGACUGGAAAUAUGAGGGCAUUAAAUCUAAACGCUCACAAUCCUCAUUUUAAUGUAAAGGAGCCGCACUGUCUGAAAAUGGAAAGAUUUGCUGCAACUGUAUCACAGGAUUCAGCAGUUGUAUUAUUCAAACUCGUGAAAAACUCAGUAGUUGGUUUUUCAAUUAACCUUGUGCUGUUAGAAGUAGGUGUUGACACAAUUACAUUUGAGAAUUCACUCAAGUGAUAUUCUCUCACCUGUACACUUAAUUUAUAAUGAUAAAUGAGCAUAAUGACUUUAUUAGGUAAAUAAAUGUUUCCAAUGAAAUUAACUUGUAAUUCUUUAUUUCCAUCACAGGAGAAGCAAAAUGAAAGCAGACCGAUACUGCAAGUGAAGAUGGUCCACGUCUUUGUUAAAUGUCUGGAUUAUACAAGUCUGGCCAUUUGAUCAGACUUUUAAUGUAAUUCUUUGUUGUUUUUUAGUUUCUGAAUAAAAGCACAUGGUCAAAGCA